ACACACUCCCGAAAACCUAUCUUUCUUCUCUCGUAACAACAAGAGAGAAAACGCAACCAUGGCGGCAACUGUAACAAGCGCGUGGGCCAAACCUGGCGCCUGGGCUUUGGACUCCGAGGAACAUGAAGAAGAGCUUAAACAAGAACAGACUCCUGCACCCUCCAACGGCCGUGCUACUGCGGCGGCGAUGUCUGAUUUUCCUGACCUCAUGACGGCCGCAGCCACCAAGACGAAGAAGAAGAAAGGUCAGACGUUGUCCCUUAGUGAGUUUGUAACCGGGUCGACGAAUAAGCCUACGGGUCAGACUUAUCAAGCAGCCAAGGGUUUAACGGCCGAGGAUAUGAUGAUGCUUCCCACCGGUCCACGCCAACGGACGGCUGAGGAGUUGGACCGGACUAGGUUAGGCGGUGGUUUCAGAUCUUAUGGUGAUAGGAACAACGAAUCGUCGAAUUCCAGAUGGGGUUCGGGUAGGACUAAUGGUGGUGGUGAUGAGGGUCGUAAAUCUACUAGGGAACCUUUGGGCCCAUCGCGUGCUGAUGAGAUUGAUGAUUGGGGUGCGGCGAAGAAAUCGACGACUGGAUUUGAUAGGAGGGAGAGAGGAGGAGGGUUUUUCGAGGGCUCGCAUUCUCGUGCUGAUGAAUCCAAUAGUUGGGGGUCGAAUAAGAGUUACACUCCGUCUGAGGGGCGAAGGAAUGGGGGUUUCGAUAGGGAGAGAAGAAUGGGUUUUGAAUCUAGUGGCGAUGCUGAUACUUCUGAUAAUUGGGGAAAGAAGAAAGAAGUGAGAUUUGGUGGUGGUGGUGGUGGUGCAUUUGAUAGUUUACGAGAAAGGCGAGGUGGUAAUGAUUCUUCUGAUUCGGAUAAUUGGGGGAAAAAGAGAGAAGAAGUGAGUGUUGGUGGGGGUGGUGGGAGGCCUAAGCUUAACUUGCAGCCUAGGAAGAUACCUGUUGCCGAUGGUGAGAGUGUGGUGGCAGUGAAGCCAACAAAAGGUUCGAACCCAUUUGGGGAUGCUCGGCCUAGAGAACAGGUCUUGAAGGAAAAGGGAGAGGAUUGGAAGGAGAUGGAUGAGAAGCUUGAGGCUAUGAAAAUUAAAGAUUUAGGUUCAGGUGAUCGAUUGAAAAGAGGUAUUGGGAGGCCAAGAUCCAAUGAAGAUUCAACUGAGAGGAACUGGAGAAAAAACCAAGCUGUUGAUGUUCCUAAUCCUCUACCAAGUGAUGAGAAGAAUGAAAAUGGACAUAUGGAAGUGGCUGAAGAAGCAGCAGCAGAUGUGCACAAAAGUGAAGCGAAGUGAAGUGAUGAUUGAAGAAGCAAAUGAGUAUGUUUUUGUUGGAACAAGUUUUGAUAGACUUGAGAUGAGAGUAGAAUGUGAUUGAUUUUUAGGACUAAAUGCAUGCUUGUGUGUGUGUGUUAAAUUAAUUAAUUAUGGUUGUUGCAGUUUUGUUUUAUUUUCUUCUAUUGAAACAUGAGUGCAUGUAUUGAACAUUAUUAUUAUUAUUUAAUAUAUAUAUUGGAUACAUGGGUUAUGUUUUGAA